CACUUCAUUAUAAGUGGGAGCAACAUGGGAGGAGCUAGCAGAGCUAAAAGAGACCAGCUGAAGUGUUAGAGGCAGAGCAGCAGCAGCAGGACCAAGCUUUUGUGGUCCUUUGGUCUUUUUUCUCUUCCCGGAUUAGGAUUUGGACUGAACCAGACUUUACAAUGCGAGUUUGCUCAACCCCAGAAAGCCUCCGACUGAACAACAUCCUGAAUCAAGGAGGCAGAUGGAUUAGAGGAAAACUCAAGAACAUAAAGAAACCAUCCAGGCCUCAGGUGGGCGUCGACUCUUCCCCAGUAACAGAGGAGCCCCAGUCCCAGUCAUCUGAGGACGAAGCUUCCCUAGAUGAUUCUCUAACCUUCGAGGAACUUCUUGAGCAAAGCUUGUACGAGGCCAGCCUUGUGCUGAUCAACAGAGAGAAUCAACUGUUUGGGAAGGAAACCGACAAUGAAGUGCAGAAGUGUCACACAGAAGAGAUAGAAAGGCUUUCUGCAGAACGCAGAGCGCUGGAGAAAAAGAUACAGCAGACUCUGCAGCAGAGUCUGACUCUGAGGCCCGAAGAGGUCGCCGAUGAGAAGGCGGUCCAGACCCUGACCAUGGCCUUAAAAUCUGCUGUGAAGGCCAUCUACCAGGAAGAGCUGCAGGACCUGCAGAGGAAGCAGCUGAAGAGUCGGACUCCAAGCAACUGGAAGGAGCUCCAUGACUCAACUCUUCGUGAUUUGGUAGAGAGCCGGAUGGACAACCCCUCAGUGACCCCCACAGGCCAACCCGGACAAUCAUCCAUCCAGCUGGACGUCCAGGGCAUGGGGAGGCAGCUGAAGGAGGACCUGCUCUUGGUGGUCAAUGUGCUGAAAAGCUGCUACCCACCGGAGGCAAACAUCUGUCAGUUUUAUGCGUGGCUGUAUCACCAAAACCUGAGCGCCAGACUCAAUAAGAUUGUGGACUUUGUUCUGGAUGAUAAAGACUGUACUUUCAUCCUGCGCUGGGUCAACGAGUAUUACCCAGGAAUCCUUAAGAAGCCGGAACUGGCCAAGGAAAUUGAUUCAGCAGCACUGGGGCAACUGCUGCCUAAAGAUUUACUGGACAACCUGGAGGAGCAGUACCUGACCACACAGGAGACUGAGCUGUCAGUUUACCUGAACAAAGCUCUGGAGGAAGAAAGGAAGAAAUUGACAAAAGGAGAACAACCUCCGACAGAGGACGGCUGCUUCACCAGCCCUCUGGCGCACGACGUCAUUCCGAUUAUUAAUGGCAUGGUAACCGUGGCAGAAACAGUCACAGGGAGCCCGCAGAAAGCCCAGAGGAUAACGCGUCAACUAACCGAUAUGCUGCAGAGGUUUAAAGCUUUCCAAGAUGAUAUCAUCAAACAGAACAGCAAACCACACGUCAAAGCCACCCUGGGCUGUGUGGAACAGUUCAGGGACAUCCUCCAGAGGAAAAGCCAUUUGUUCCAAGCUGAUGUUCAGGAAAACUGUUUGACUAUCCUGUCCGACAUGAGGCAAUCCGCCCGUACCUGCUUAUUAAGCUCCGUGCACAAGUCCCUCAAGCCACAGUACCAGAAGCUGGGAACUGGAGACUGGCUGAAGAAGAAGAGUGUGUUUGAGAAGCUACUGAGCAGCUUGGAAAACAGCAUCCAGGACCUGGAGGGCCUGGCUCCGUCCUGUUACCAGUGGGUGAUUGGUGAUCUUCACCUGGAAGUGACACAAGAAUAUGUGAAGAGGCUCCUGAGAGGAGAAGUCAAGCUGAAGGACAGAGAGCAUCAGCAGAGGGCCUUCGACGCCGUGAUGGACAACGCUGAGAGUUUACACAAGCUUUUCACCAGCAUGGGAUCCCAGGAGGAAUGGCUGAAGGAAAUCCUGACCAACAUGGCAGAAGUGCUGAAGCUCCAAGACGUCCCCGCCCUGCAAAUGCAAAUAGUGUCACUGGGACACGCUUACCCCGACCUGAGUGAGAAACACGUCUCAGCUUUGCUCAAGCUCAAGUCAAACAUCUCCAAGGAGGACAGGCACAAGGUCAAGGCGACCCUUUCAGACACCCGCAAAGAAUCCAGCAAAGGCGCCGAGUUUCGUCCUUUUUUCUCUAAAGUAGUGGUCAAAUAACCUGCCCUGCUUUGCUUCUGUUAGUUCUUUAAAUGUUGGUGGAGAACUGUGACAAGCAGCAUUAGUGGUAGGUUUUGUGAAUGCUCUUUUCAAUAAGCUGGUGUGGGAGUACGUCAUAAUUUGGUUGGUUUGUACUCUGAAACUAAACCACUGCCAGUGUAUGACUUGUUUCUUCUCUGAGUGACGUAAUGAGUUUCUGAGGAUGAC